AUGGAUUCAGGCAACAGUAGUAGCAUGCAAUCCUCAAGCGGUGGUGGUGGAGGAGAAGACCAAGAAGAGUACGCCUCACGCGCUGAUCAAUCAAUAUCUGCUUUAUUCAACAACCACAACUCAACCACCGUCUCCUCCAACAUCACCAGUCAAACACAUCUUGACUCUCUCAUAGCUAACUAUUUCAACACUGGUUGGUCAACAGAAAAUCCUCUCUGGUCAACAACGACUACAAAGUCCACUGAUGGCUCUAUACCACCACCACCACCACCGAUCUCUUCAGAACCAGCCUUCUUCACAAACCCACUUCAAGAAAAUCUUGGAGUAGUCUCAAACAAAAACACAAGUAGUCCCAUAUAUUCUGUCCCUACCGACAAGAAAACCUGUCUGGCCACAACACGGAAUCCAAAGAAGAGAUCUAGAGUCUCGAGACGAGCGCCUACGACUGUUUUGACCACCGACACUUCAAACUUCAGAGCCAUGGUUCAAGAAUUCACUGGUAACCCCUCCACUCCUUUCACAGGAUUAUCAUCAUCAUCUUCUUUUCCAAGAUCAAGAUUUGACCUCUUUGGUUCUUCUUCUUCUUCUUUACCCUCACGGCCCUUGAAACCCUUUCCUCACAAACUUAUCCCACCAUCAUCAACGAGUCAUCUUUACCUAAACCCUCCUACAAACUAUCACCAGAGUCUUCUCCUUAACAUGAACACGCAAAACAUCGCAAACCCUUUAAGGGAUCAAUCGUUGAGCUCGAGAACAAGUAAUGGCGUUGGACACGUGGACGUGGGAACAAACUUUGAGGGGCUUCACAACGUUAUGGCCUCUUCGUCGUCACCGAUGACGCAGCAAACCCUAAAUACUAUGCAUGGAUUAGACAUGGUGCAAAGAUCCGAUGUUUACACAACACCGGUUGCUUCUGGAACGGAGAAUAAUUUAGAAGUGGUGAGAAAUGAAGGUAAGGUUGACUUAUCAUGGGCCUCUUCUUCAGAUUAAUUAUAUUUUAAUCUUUUCUAAAAUAUAUAUUUUAAUCUAACUUUGUUUAAUAAUGAUCGUAUUUAUUAUUAUAUUUAUAUUUAAAAGGAAUAGAAAAUCUUAGAGGAAAACAUCUGAUGAAUAGAACAUUAGUUAAUUAGUGUAUGGGAAGAUUUUGGAAUCUCUUACGUUCUAAAGCUUAUAUAGUUUGAUUACAAAUGUCUUUCUAUAUAUUGGAACAAUGUUUUUUCCUUUUAAUGUUAUAUUAGCUCGAGAUAUAUGUACGUUGAAAUUUCAAUGGCC